AUGAUGUCAAAAAUUGAUGCUAUUCGAAAGAAAGAAGCAGAUCAUAUAAUACGACUAAAGCAACUGCAUUCUUAUUGUCAAGAAUUUUGUAACAGUGAUACUGGUUCGAAGUUAGACCCAUUGAUGAAAUGUUAUGAACAAUUAAAUAAAGUCGUCCACUCCCUAGAUAUCAUCAUCUCUAAGCAUGAUUCCAUAUAUGAUACUUUACAUAAUAAUACCAAUUUUGUGGGACUAUUAAAUUGGUUCUUCAAUGAUACUGAAUUAUUAAAUGAAUAUAAUAACAUUCUAUUAGAGCUCUCCAAACUCAUUUUACAUCCAGAAUUAAUCAUCUUCAGGUCUACUCCAUAUUCUUCACUUCUUAAAUCAACAUUUGGUACAUAUUCUUAUUUAAAAAAUACUGCUGAAAAUGAACCAUUUGACUCAUCUCGAUUACUGUCAGUAAUAGAAGCAUUUGAAUAUCAAUUCCAAUCACGCUAUACAAUUGCUAAUAAAAGUAUAAUAAAAUUGGAUAAAGUUCAUGACUUAUUAUCAUUCUCUUCUACGUUAAUACCCUCUCCACUCACUGAUUUCAAUUCUUUCAAAAGACGUACCUUUUUUAAACUGGAUUUAAGGAAAUGUAAGUAUCAUGACACCUUAGUGGAAGUAUUACAAUUGACCAACGGCCAAUUAGCCGUUUUCAAAAUAAAUUCAGGUGAAUUACCCUUCUCGUCUAAUUUAUCUGUCAACUUAUUGCAAGAAUUAUGUAAUGAUAAUUUCAAACUAUUGGAUUUAGGCAAAAAGUUAUUAUUCUCAACUUUGAAACAAGGUGAUUUUGAAAUAAUAAAUUACUUGAAGUCGGGAAUAGAAAUACAAACAUCAACUGGUAAUAACACAGUAUUGAAAUUAACUUGUCUUGAUGUGGUUCAAUGGGAAACAUAUUGGAAAUCAAUAUUUGAAAAAUUAUUUGGUCCAGAGUCAUCAAUUAUUGACAACUAUGGCAAUAAAAAAGCUUUAUCACCUUCGAAAAUUUACAGUAAUCCAAUAUCGAAUACGUUAUUACAUAAAAAAAAUCAUGCGGAUUCUAAUGCUGAUGGUAAUGCUGGUUUCAAAUCAAAAUUAGGGAAAUUGGAAGGAUUAAAAACAAAUAAUAAUACAACAAUAGGUAUUGCUAUAAAUAUUCCAACACGUCCAUUACUCCCCACAAAUAAUUAUUCUACAGCUAGUCUACCGAAAUCGAAUAAAGGAUUUUCUUUACAUAGGUCUAAACCAUUACAAAGUCCAUUGUCUUCAUUAACUGACUUGGUCAAUGAAACAACUUCAGCGUUCUCCUCUUCAGAAUACAUUGCUGCUGAGAAUAAAAACGAAACUAAUCAGAACCAUACUUCAUUAAGCCAUAAAGAAUCAGAAACGUCUUUGAAAACUAUAGAAUCAUUGACUUGUAAAGAGCUAAUCGAUUUGGAUAGAAGCAUGAUGAUAGGAAUGUCUCCUUCGUCAAAAUUAUCACCCAGUAUAGAAGAAUAUAACUUUGUCUCUAAUGACUUUACUUUAAAUCGCGUACCAUCUAUAACAGAACAUAACGUUGAAGAAAGUGAUUUGGAAAGCAUAAUGUCCGAAUCAGAAAAUGUAGAUACUUCUAGUACAUUCAAUCCAUCAGCUGACGUUUACAAGCCAACUUUAACUCGAAAAACCUCUAAUUCAAUCUUAAGUUUAUUUAAGUCCAGAAAUAAGAAAAAUUUGACAAUAGAUACCUCUUCCAAUUUUAGUUCUACUUCGUUAUUUGAUCCAGAAACACCAACUCCAUCAUCUGCAAAGGAAAUCCGUUUUUGUUCCACUGUACAAGAUUCCUUCAAUAUAUCAUCAUAUAUCGAUAUAAAUGACUAUUCGUCCAUUUUUGAACUUGAGCAAAUUAAAAUAUCAUGUUGGAAUAGUCAAUUUUGGGAACAAAUUUCUAAAUCACCGCUCCAAUUGACUUUCUUAUCAUCCAGAAUUAAAAAGGAGGCCUUCCUAUUGAUACAUAAGGAAAAUCAAUUGGAUGAAAGUCAUCUACUAUCUCAUCUGGAUAUGGAUAUAACUGCAUCAAUGGCCACCGCACAAGAUAUUCAAAUCAGAAUCCCAUCCAAAAAUCUUAUAACGUCAAUCUUGAAGGAUAGAGAACCUAUUUUAACAAUUCGUUCUUCUGAGACCGAAAGAUUAUUAAACGUACUGAAUCAUUGUAGGAAAGGUGAUCUUCCGACAAGCUUGACAGCAUCCACUACCUUAAGAACAUUAUCCACGACUACUUCUUCCUUGAUGACUUCACGUGUGUCAAGAUCUGUGACGUUACAAUCAGACUUAACUGAUUUGGGGUCUGAAAAUGGCAAAUCCAUAAGGUCUCAAUUGUUAUUAUCUACGAUAAAAGUUAAAUUACAUCAUCGCGAUGAUGAAGGCCUUUGGAGGAUGAAAUUAUUAGGUCAUGCUGACAUUUAUUCACAAGAGUUGAAUAAUAUCCCUCUGGGAAUUAAGAUCAGUUUGACUGCAGUAUCUAAGCAAGGAGACUCUGAAGAUGUAGUUGUAUUCGAUUCUGCGUUAAAUGAUAUUAAAAGAUUGGGGAGAACAGGUAUAUUGUUCAAUAAGACGCAAUUUGGGGAUAGAUUGUUAGAAUUUACAAAUAGAUUAGUCACAGAGGAAGUUUAUAGACUGAUCCUCCCCUUAUGA